AUGGCCACAAGGCUCCGUUGUGAGGACUACACCGUGGGGUGGGUCUGCGCCCUCUCGGUCGAGCUGGCGGCCGCGGAGGAACUGCUCGAUGAAGAGCAUGAGACGCCUGAAUACGACGCCCACGACACGAACAUCUACACAUGCGGAAGAGUCGGCGAACACAAUGUCGUGAUCGCUUGCCUGCCAGAGGGCCAGAAAGGCAUCAACUCAGCUGCAGCAGUCGCUGUGCAGAUGAAGUCAACUUUUACUUCAACCCGCUUUGGUCUGAUGGUCGGCAUCGGAGGCGGCGUUCCCAGCGAGGAGGCAGAUGUCAGACUUGGCGACGUCGUGGUCAGCAAGCCGCACGGAACACACAGUGGAGUGGUGCAGUAUGACUCUGGGAAGGCCACUCUGGGCGGGUUCGAGCGAGUAGGCUCGCUCAACUCGCCGCCUGCAAUACUGCUUGGCGCAGUCGCGAAAGUACGGGCUAAGCACAUGAGGGGAAGAGGCAAGCUAUUGACGUAUCUUUCCAAGCUUGCCAGCCUGCCUGACUUUGAGCGCGAAGCUGCUGGCCCGGACAUUCUCUUCGAAGCAGAGUAUAGCCAUGAGGGUGGAACUACGUGUAGAGCGUGUAGUCAAGACCACUCAGUGGCUCGCGAGGCAAGACGGCAGGAAGUGGUAGUGCAUUAUGGAACAAUCGCAUCUGGCAACCAGGUUAUGAAGACCGCUAUCGAGAGAGACAGACUUAGUGCAGAGCUUGGUGGGGUGCUGUGUUUCGAGAUGGAGGCGGCAGGCCUGAUGAACCGCUUCCCUUGUCUGGUGAUUCGCGGCAUCUGCGACUACGCCGACUCACACAAGAACAAUCAGUGGCAGAAGUAUGCAGCAGGGACGGCGGCAGCAUACGCAAAGGAAGUGCUAUCAGUAAUUCCGUCAGACAAGGUUGAGGCCGAGAAGAAGAUUGUCGACGUCCUUUCUGUCCUCCAAGAGACCGCAACAGAGCACCAGCUUAUUGCCAAAGAACAUCGAAGCAUUGCAGAGGAGGCGUUCAGGUUUCAACAAACGGUACGAGAGCAAGAGCUGUCCAAUCGCCAGAAAGAGUGUCUUCAGUUGUUUCGCCUGACCAAUAGCACCCAGGACACCACCUACGAGUGGUACAAGGGCCGUAUAGAAGACCGGGUAGAAGGCACGUGCGAGUGGUUCCUUCAACAUGUACACUUUCGAGAAUGGCUCCAACAAGUCUCAAGACCGCUACUGGUUUCCGCCGACCCUGGAUGCGGCAAGUCGGUCUUGGCAAAGUAUCUGGUUGACCGUGUCCUGGCAGAGUCGGCGACUGUCUGCUACUUCUUUUUCAAAGACCAGGAUCAGAACACAGUCCGUCAAGCGCUCUGUGCGCUGCUGCACCAACUCUUCUCCCAGAGGCCAAAUUUACUCAAGCAUGCUAUGAGUCAGUACGAGCAGGAUGGCAAGGGCCUAGUUGACUCAACAAAGUCGCUUUGGACAGUCUUAGAAAACGCCGUACAGGACAGUCAAACAGGACCUAUCAUUGUGGUCCUGGAUGCCUUGGAUGAGUGUGCAGAGUCAGAGUUCGAGGAUCUAAUGCGUAACAUCGAAGGCCAGUGUCGCAACAGUCAGUCGAGUCGUGGCGCGCUCAGAUAUCUCAUGACGAGCCGCCCGUACGAGCAAAUUGUUGGAAGAUUCCAGGGUCUGCUCAAGUCUUUUCCGCGUAUCCACAUACCCGGUGAAGAGAAGUCUGAAACCAUAAGUCAGGAAGUCAACCAUGUCAUCAAGUACCGGGUGGAAUGCCUGGCAAGAGAUGAAAAGCUUUCGACCGAUAUUCAAGCCGAUUUACUAGAUGAAUUGCUUAAGAUGGAACACCGCACGUACCUAUGGGUGUAUCUAGUGUUUGACUAUCUGAGGUCUGAGGGUUUCAAGAAGACGAGAAAGGGAGUCAAAUCAGCAACUAAAUGGCUACCAACGACUGUCAACCAGGCGUACGAGAAGAUCUUGAGUAAGUCUAAAGAUCAACCAAUGGUCCGCAGGGCCCUGACUAUCAUCUUGGCUGCGAAUCGGGCACUAACGCUUUCGGAGCUGAACGUGGCCACAGAGAUAGAAGAGACUACGCAUUCAUGGCAUGAACUUGACCUUGAAAGAGAGGAAGAUUUCAAAUCACGCCUUAGGUCGUGGUGCGGACUGUUUGUUUCAGUCUACAACGGAAAAGUUUACUUUCUUCAUCAAACCGCCCGCGAGUUUCUCUUGGCAGAUGUGUCUUUAUCCACGAGCGUUCCUCAAAAGGUGGGAUGGCAGCACUCUAUUGCAAUGCAGUACGCACACAGGACUCUCGCGGAGCAAUGCGUGCGUUAUCUCAGCUUCUUUGGGUCGGAAACAGGGUCCACCGUGAGCGCGACAGAUCAAAACAGCCAGUCUUAUAGCACAGUUGCCUUCUUUCGUUACUGCGCUGAGUUCUGGCCGAUGCAUUUCCGCGAAGCCAGAUUAAGCAGUAGCAGAGAUGCUGUUGUAUUAUGUCUAGGGCUAAGAGUGUCUGAUCCAAGGUCUGCAUGUUUUUUGGACUGGUCUCGUUGGUAUGAAAGAAGGCAUAUUUCGCACCGCAUUACUUCUAUGCCUCAUCUUACUGUUGUGUCAUCGUUGGGACAAGAUGGAGUUGUCAAGAUGCUGCUUAGCAACGGCGCCGACGUCAACGCGCAGGGUGGAGCGUAUGGCAACGCACUGCAGGCAACUUCAGCUAGAGGCUACGAGCAGGUGGUUGAACUGCUGCUCAGCAACGGCGCCGACGUCAACGCGCAGGCUGAAGGCCACAAGCAGGUGGUUGAACUGCUCCUCAGCAACGGCGCCGACGUCGACGCGCAGGGUGGAAAGUAUGGCAACGCACUCCAGGCAGCUUCAGUUAAAGGCUACGAGCAGGUGGUUGAACUGCUGCUCAGCAACGGCGCCGACGUCAGCGCGCAGAGUGGAAAGUAUGGCAACGCACUGCAGGCAACUGCGUAUGGAGGGCAUAAACAGCUACUUGAACUCCUUAUCUCUAACUAUAGCAUCUCACGGCUCCAGGAUCACUACGGUCGGACAUUGCUCUGGUGGGCUGCGGCUGGUGGCAACAUCGCUACUGUGGAAACACUCAUCAACCUGCACAACAUUGACCCUCAAACAGCAGACAGGUUUGGACGAAAGCCUUCCUGGAUAGCUGCAAAGAAAGGACAUGGCGCAGUCUCAAUACUCCUCAACGGAUACGCUGGAGAAACUGACAAGGAACUACGAGUAAAACCGUCACCUACGGUCAGCAACGAUCAACCGCGUCUUGAAUGCGAUGUCUGCACAUCGCAUAUUCCAACAAGUGCACGUCAUUACCAUUGCAAUGUCUGUGCUGGUGGAGACUGGGAUGUGUGCGAAGACUGUAGGAAGACGGGAGCUACUUGCUUAAAGCCAGCUCAUACUAUAGUCAGACGUACAAUGCUCGAUGGGGUCUGGGCUGAGGUCACAUGUUGA